AUGUGAGCACAUGUGUCCAUUUCACGAACAAAUAUUCAUAUAUCCGCGAAUGAAAUGCGCGAUCUCAAACCCGCUGUAGGAAAAUUUGACUUCGCAAGAUCUGUUUUGGACGUCUUUUCCAAUAACUCUAUCUGUUUUCAAUAACGUAUCGUUGUGUGUGUGUGUGUUGUGUGUGGACUUUGAAAGUUUCUUUUAUUCUGGUCGCGUAGGCUUAGGAUAUCCUUAAAAAGAUUAAUUUUAAGUUCUUCGACAUGGCAAUGAAAUUCAAGAGGCUCACACUGCAUUUGAGGACAUUUUUAAUGAUAAUUUGGGCGGCGAGUGGAGGUGCCGGGUACAGCUGCCCCUACGGUCAAAAUUGUGCCUUCGAGCCAGCCCCGCCGGGCCGAGCACCGUCCUGCGCACAACCAGGCCUCACCUACUGCCUACAUCCUGAUCCUUAUCCUGAAAAAGUGAUACGCAAAUUAGUCGAAGCGGGGCAGUACGACAUCCGCACGCUGCUCUCCGACGAAAGCCGCGACGAAUUCGACUCGAAGAAGAAAGACCCCUACCCCUAUGGUUAUGGACCAAACUCGCUGCCCCACGUUGACCAGAUCUCACUCGUUAACGAAGGAUUCGAUAAGGAUUACAACAAUAAAUUUUACAAUGAUAUAUUCUCCGACAAGACGCCCCUACAGCCGCCUUCGUCCGCAGACCCAACCCCAUACAACGUGAAAGCCUACCAGACAUCAAACUUCACCAAAUUCGGCUUUCAAGGCUAUCACAGCUCGCCUCCAACCUUAUGGAACCCUUCUAUCAACCAAUACGAAUAUGACAAUAGAAGAUUGAGACAGAACAAUGAUGUGCCGAACCUAGAUAUUUAUAAUCCUAAUUAUUUUAAUUCGCCGUUGUACCAGAAUUAUGAAUCGGAGUGGUUGAGACAAGCGUCGAGUGGGGUGACGCAGUACAAUCCUAGUGAAUGGUGGAAAUACAUAUCCCCAUCUCGGGCGAACGCUGAUGUGACGAUCCAAAGAUCGGUGACGUUUCCGACGCGCACCACAACCCUGCAACACAAGAGACGAAGACGCAACGCCGAGCUGGUGGCCGCCGCUGCCAAGAGGACCCUCACUGGAGCCGAGGCUUUGAGGAUUGCGUUGGGGCUGGCGAACGAAGACGAAUCAGCAGAGAGACCGAGGCGCCAAGCGACAGCCAACACCGAGGAGCUGUGCCGCUUCCGAACACAGUACAUCACGCCCCGAGCCGCCCUCAACAACAAGGGCAACUGGAGAUACGUUGUCAACAUGCCGGACAACAUGACUCAGCUUGUACGAGCUGAAAUUUGCACGUCAACGGAAUGCAGUAGAUUAUGUUCGAUACCCCUUGGCUACAGUUCGCGGUGUGAGCAAAAAUAUAUUCAAAAACGAUUGGUGGCGCUGGAAUCGAGUGGUCAAAAUUUAUAUACAGAUGUGUUUUGGAUCCCAAGCUGUUGCCAAUGCACUAUAGUAAAUAAUAACUAAUAUUUUAAUUGAAUAGUUUUUGUGAUGUAAUUUUAAGUUGAUGCUUGCUGUGGUUUGUAAUUUUGUAUGAGUAAUGUGGUACCGCUACUUGACAGUAGAUGGCGUUGUAAGUUCAAGCUUUUAAGUUUGGUGAAAGCUUUUAAUUUUAAAUAAUAUAAUGCCAAACUUCGUUUGUUGAAUGUAUAGAAUUUAUUUGACCCAAAAACGAUUAUAAAUGCUUUUUAAAUAACUUUUUUGACAAAAUUCUUCACUUUUUAACUCAACGUAUUUUUUUUUUACAAAAUGUCUACUAAAUGUUAAUAGAAUCCUAUAGGCAGAGUAUUAUGAUCAUGUAAAUAAAUUUUACUGUAGUAUAUGUAUCACGUACGUAUAGUUUAAUCAAGUAUUAUGUAGUUUGUAAAUAGUAGAAAUAUUAUAUUUGUUAUAAAAAAUUUAACCCUACCAACCUACUAAAGCUUUCAAAGUUUAAUACCGUUAAAAUAUAAAAGAAGUUAAAUAACAAUAAUACUCUAAUGUUAGAUAUGCAUUAGUCAUUUGCUAUCACCAUUAGACUUAAGAAUAUUAGUGUUGUAACUUUGUAUACUUACCAACUACAUAAAUAAUAAUCAAGCCUACUUAAUAAAAAUGCGAAAGUGUGCUUGUCUGUUGGUUUGUCGUUCAAUUACGACACAAAGGAGUAAUUUUGCGUGGAUAUUGUUAAAGACUUAGAUAUUGACGUUAGACUACAAUUCAUUACGGAAAAUCAGAGGGAAUUUUAAACCUAAAUUCAUACGAACGAAGUCGCGGGCAUUAUCUGAUAGGUAAAUUAUUAAAAUGAUCUCUUGCAACUACGAGUAGUACAGAAUAUUAUAAUAAUUGUACUCAUUUUGUACUAAGCACAAUACCUUUAACUAUUCGGUAGAGUAAGGUGUUCUUAAUAGUUUGCGAUUAGGUACAUUUAGUUAUAUUUUUUUAUGGGUUAUACCUAAAACUCUACAGGACCCAUUUUCCGUAAUAAAACAAGAAACCCUAAUAAUUUUGUCUCUCUGUAUGUCACAGUUGUUUUAAAAAUAAACUGUAAUAGGAGUUGUAAAAUUGAAAAACAAGGGACCUCUACACAGACUAUACAGACAGGAAAUAUGAGUACCUAAUAUUAAUUUAAUGCACAUAGAGACAUAAUAUUUGAAUUUUGAAAAAAAAAUCAUAUGUCUUUGCUCGCGAAAUAUUUUGGACUAAUUUGCCAAACAUACUUCUAUCUUUAAAUUGUUUUUCCUACUGCCUAAAAAUUAGUCUUGAUUAAUUUUAGAUAACAUAAUAUUAUACAUUCUUGUGAGAUCCCAAAGUAUUUAGAUUGAUUAAUGUUUUAUAAUUAAUUAC